AUGACAGAGGAGCCAGGAAGAAGGCUGUGGCCAGCAGCGUCCCUCACUCCUUAGCCUUAGUGCCUGUUUGCACUGGCCACAGCUGGGCACUGGCUUCUGCUGGCACUGCCUCCCACACAGAGACCCUGUCUGUGAGCACUGCAGCCUGUUAUCCAGCCCCAGGCCUCAGAAUGGAUGUUCUGGAGACCUCCAAGUCACUGGAUGAAGAGCUGUACUCGCGGCAGCUGUAUGUGCUGGGCUUAUCUGCCAUGCAGAGGAUUCAGAGAGCCAAGGUGCUGCUGUUAGGCCUGCAGGGCCUGGGGGCUGAGGUGGCCAAAAACCUGGUCCUGAUGGGCGUGGGCAGCCUUACUCUUCAUGAUCCCCACCCUGCUUGCUGGUCUGACCUGUCUGCCCAGUUUUUCCUUUCAGAGCAGGACUUGGGAAGGAGCAGGGCUGAGGCAUCUCAAGAACUUCUGGCUAAGAUCAAUGGAGCUGUUCAAGUGUGCGUCCACACAGGUGACAUCACUGAGGACCUGCUGCAGGACUUCCAGGUGGUGGUGCUGACUGCCUCGGAGCUGGAGGAGCAGCUGAAGGUGGGCACCUUCUGCCACAAGCACGGAGUCUGCUUUCUGGUGGCUGACACCCGAGGCCUUGUGGGGCAGUUGUUCUGUGACUUUGGUGAGGACUUUACUGUGGAGGACCCUACAGAGGCAGAACCCCUGACGGCUGCCAUCCAGCACAUCUCCCAGGGCUCCCCUGGCAUCCUCACUCUGAGAGAAGAGGCUGAUGCCCAGCACUUCAAGACGGGGGAUCUGGUGACUUUCUCAGGCAUUGAGGGCAUGGUGGAACUCAACGGCUGUGCUCCUCGGCCUCUCCACGUGCAGAGGAACAGGACCUUGGAGAUUGGGGACACAACAACUUUCUCUCGUUACUUGCGUGGUGGGGCUAUCACUAAGGUCAAGAGACCCAAGACUGUGAGCCAUGAGCCCCUGGUCUCAGCCCUGCUCCAGCCCCGUGUGGUGGCCCAGAAUACCCAGGAAGUUCACCGUGCCCGCUGCCUGCAUCAGGCCUUCCGUGCACUGCACAAGUUCCAGCAUCUCCAUGGCCGCCCUCCUAAGCCCUGGCAUCCUGUUGAUGCAGAGAUGGUGGUGGACCUGGCCCAGGCCCUGGAACCACUGAAGGGGACAGAAGGGCCUUUGGAAGAGCAGCUGGAUAAGGCUCUGGUGCGGACAGUUGCCCUGAGCAGUGCUGGUGUCUUGAGCCCCAUGGCAGCCAUGCUGGGUGCAGUGGCUGCCCAGGAAGUGCUGAAGGCAGUCUCCAAGAAGUUUAUGCCCCUGGACCAGUGGCUGUACUUUGAUGCCCUUGAUUGCCUUCCAGAAGAUGGGGAGCCCUUUCCCAAUCCUGAGGACUGUGCACUGACAGACUGCCGCUAUGACGGGCAAAUCGCAGUGUUUGGGGCCAGUUUUCAGGAGAAGCUGAGGCACCAGCGUUACCUCCUGGUGGGUGCUGGUGCUAUCGGCUGCGAGCUGCUCAAAGGCUUUGCCCUAGUGGGCCUGGGGGCCGGGGGCAGUGGGGGCGUGACUGUUGCUGACAUGGACCACGUGGAGCGCUCCAACCUCAGCCGGCAGUUCCUCUUCAGGCCCCAGGACAUUGGUAGGCCAAAGGCAGAGGUGGCUGCAGAGGCCGCUCGCCGCCUGAACUCAGACUUGCAGGUGACCCCGCUCACCCACCAGCUGGAUCCCACUACAGAGCACAUCUAUGGGGACAAAUUCUUCUCCAGUGUGGAUGGCGUGGCUGCUGCCCUGGACAGUUUCCAGGCCCGGAGCUAUGUGGCCGCUCGCUGCACCCAUUAUUUGAAGCCCCUACUGGAGGCGGGCACAGAGGGCACCCGGGGCAGUGCUUCUGUGUUCAUACCGCGUGUGACUGAGGGCUACAGAGCCGUCGCCUCUGCUGCGGCUUCUGAGGAUGCCUCCUACCCUGUCUGCACCAUACGGCACUUCCCCAGCACAGCCGAGCACACCUUGCAGUGGGCCCGGAAUGAGUUUGAAGGACUUUUCUAUCUGUCUGCCGAGACCAUCAACCGCCACCGACAGGCACUCACACCUCAGGCGGGCUUGGAUGAGCCACACCUGCUGCAGGUGGUGCUGGGUGUCCUGAGAGAGCGUCCACAGACCUGGCGAGACUGUGUGCUGUGGGCCCUUGGCCAGUGGCAACUGUGCUUCCAUGACGGCAUCACACAGCUGCUGAGACACUUCCCAUCUAACAAAUUGCUGGAGGAUGGUUCAACUUCUUUCUGGUCGCCUCCCAAACAGUGUCCCCAGCCCUUGGAGUUUGACGCCAGCCAAGACACGCAUCUCCUCUAUGUCCUGGCGGCUGCCAACCUGUAUGCCCAGAUGCAUGGGCUGCCUGGCUCACAGGACCAGACUGCACUCAGGGGACUGCUGAAGUUGCUGCCACUGCCUGACCCCCAGGACUUGGCCCCCAUUUUUGCUAGCAACCUGGAGCUGGCUUCUGCUUCUGCUGAGCUUGGCCCUGAGCAGUUGAAGACACUGCAUGAAGCCCUGGAAAUCUGGAGCGUGGGCCCUCCCCUGGAACCCUUGACGUUUGAGAAGGACAAUGACAGCAAUUUCCAUGUGGAUUUUGUGGCAGCAGCAGCCAGCCUGCGAGCUCAGAACUAUGGGAUCCCACCAACUGACCGUGCCAAGACCAAGCGAAUUGUGGGCCAGAUCAUCCCAGCCAUUGCCACCACUACGGCAGCUGUGGCUGGCCUGGUGGGCCUGGAGCUGUAUAAGGUGGUGGGCGGGCCACGGCCCCGCAGUGCUUUUCGCCACAGCUACCUGAAGCUGGCUGAAAACUACUUUACCCGCUGGGUACCUAGCGCCCCAGCCAUCCAGGAGUUCCAUCACCUGAAGUGGACCUGUUGGGACCGCCUGGAAGUGCCUGCUGGGCAGCCCGAGAGGACCCUGGAGUCACUGCUGGCCCAUGUCCAGGAACUACAAGAGCUAAGGGUGAGGAUGCUGCUACACGAGAAUGCCCUGCUCUACUCGGCAGGAUGGCCUCCUGAAAAGCAGGCCCAGCACCUGUCCUGCAAGGUGACGGAUCUGGUCCUGCAGGUGACAGGCCAGGUACUUAAGCCUGGGCAGCAGGUGCUGGUAUUGGAGCUGAGCUACGAGGGUGAGAAUGAGGACACUGUCUUCCCACCCUUGCACUACAAGCUGUGACAAGGCAGCAGCCCCACGACUCAGCUCUGUCGAGCCCUGUGUCCCAAGCCCACAGUAGGCGCUUAAUAAAUGCUUGUUGAAGG